CCACAACGGCACCAUCGAGAGCAGCCGCCUGUGACCUUGCCAGUUGCAGCCACCGCACACGCCUUGCGCGGUACCUCCAUCCUCCGGGUGCUCCUGCUUCCGCGCACCGUCAUGCGAUGAAGUCUCUCUCGCCCCCUCCCCACUGGCCCGACGGUGUUCUCUAUAUCGCAGAGUCGCAGUACCACUCGUCCGUUCCGGCCGACCUGCGUCUGGAGCUAUGUCGCAAAGGAACAAGUCCAUCGGGGAAGCAGUCUUCCCAGCGGCUCACUGUCAUCCGGAGAAUCACUGAAACAUCACAUCCGGCCUGCGGACAACUUGGCCUCUUUGCGGCCAAGAAGAUCUCUCCGCACACCCACAUCGUCGAUUACAUUGGGGAGGUCCACUGCGAUGACAGACCUGAAUCAGACUAUGACCUGUCGCUGUAUCGUCCAUCUUCCGGGCUCAACGUGGGCGUUGAUGCUCGGCGCAUGGGAAAUGAAGCGCGGUUUAUCAACGACUACCGGGGUAUCAAGUCCAAGCCGAACGCCUUGUUCGAAGAGCGUCGAGCUGAAGGUGGCGAGCUGAGAAUGAGCGUAUGGACCAGCGGCGACCCUCUCAGGAAAGGGGAGGAGAUUCUUGUCUCGUAUGGUAAAGGAUGGUGGCAAGCACGCUCUGGAUAAUCUAGUGCCUAAGACUGCUGACUCGAGAACAACAAAGCGCUUGGAGACCAUCGUCUGACUCUGUGUCCAAGAAGGCAUACCGUCUCGGUUCUUCACGGGGUACGGUGUGUGCUGUGUGGUGUAUGGGACCAAUCAUGUACUCGUAUUCAGUGCCAUUUGCUUGCUGUGCGCCGGUCACUAGUUCUGAAAUAUGACGAGGUACACCGUAUGUAUGUUUUUGUCGAAGACAACUCGAC